CCUUCUAACCGAGUGUCCGUUCCCUUCCGCAGGUGCUGUACAACAUGGCCAUUUGGGUGAACGACACGGCGCUGCCCGGCCCGCCGCCCCUCGCCGCGCCCUCCGUCAACGUGUCCCUGACCGGAACCGUGCCCCAGGAGCCGAUCACCUUCCGGCUGGACCUCCCGUGCACCGGCAGCCGCAGCGCCGAGGUCGACGUCAUCUUCAACAUCAACGUGACGUCGCCCAGGCCGCGCCAGCCGCCCACCGUCCUCUACUUCAGGAGGAGGAAGAUUUGCCUCGAGGGACACUCGGCCGAGAUGUAUGCUCCCCACCUGGGGCCCCUGGGAGAAGGGGCGACGCUCCCCGUGGUGUAUUACGUUGUGCCAGCCCUCGGAGGCCUCACGCUCGUCGUCACCAUCAUCGUUGUCGUCGCCUUCGUCAGGAGGAGGAAGCUCAAGAGGGACCGGGAUCACAGAAUUCUUGGCAUCAACGACCUGGGCGUGAAGGCGCGCCCGAUGACCAACUCGACGCUGCUCCGGGCGGCGACGCCCAACAACAACACGUACACGCUGCCUUCCUCCGUCACCAUCAACUCGUACGCGUCUCUGAGGAAGCUCACCACGCCCAUCACGCCUCUCACGCCCCUCACCCCCGCCCACUCCCUGCCUCACGCCCCUGCCACGGUGUCCCUGACGCCGUGCAGCAGGGAGAGCGGUAGCAGGGAGGCCUGCGACGCCUCGAGGGACAGCGGAAGCAGAGACACCUGCCAGAGCUCCAGUUCCCUCAGCAGAUCGGAGGUGAUCGUCGACCCGUCGGCGGCGGAGCUGCAGGAGAGGUUCCGGCAGAUGGAGGUGGAGCGGCAGCGCGUGCGGCUGACGGCGGUGGCGCACGAGGGCUCCUUCGGGCGCGUGUUCCGCGGCUGGAUCCAGCGCGACCGGCCGGAGCAGGACCAGCAGGUGCUGAUUAAGACGGUGACGGAGGGCGCGCCGCACGACGAGGUGGUGGCGCUGUACCGCGACGGCACGCACCUGUUCAACCUGUACCACCGCAACGUGCUCACCAUGGUGGGCAUCUCCUUCGCAGACAACUCCUCGCCCUUCCUCAUCUACCCCUUCCACGGAUAUAGCAACCUCAAGCUAUACCUUCAGGAGCACCGGGGCGGCCACCUACGAGCCACGGAGCUGGUGGAGCUGGCGGUGCAAGCGGCGCACGGCCUCGCCUUCCUGCACACGGCCAACGUCCUGCACGGAGACGUCGCCGCCAGGAACUGCGUCGUGAGUGAGAAACUCCAGCUGCGCAUCACCGACGCAGCUCUCUCGCGGGAUCUCUUCCCCAGUGACUAUGAGGCGGUGGGGGCCGAGCUCGCCAGGCCCAUCAAGUGGCUGGCCUACGAAGCCAUCACCGACAGGAUCAUAUCGACGGCCAGCGACGUGUGGUCCUACGGCGUGUUGCUGUGGGAGCUGACGACGCUGGCGCAGCAGCCGUACGUGGAGGUGGCCGCCUGCGAGAUGGGGGAGUACCUGCGCGACGGCUACCGGCUGGCGCAACCGCUCAACUGCCCGGACGACCUGUACAAGGUGAUGGCCUUCUGCUGGGCCAUCCACCCGCACGACCGGCCGCACGCCAAGCUCAUCCUCGACUACCUGGCUGCCUUCCACCAGCAGCUCAACAGCUUCAUCUGAUACAGGGAGGCCGGCGGGGGAGGAGGCGGAGGAGCAGCAGCAGCAGGAACGGCGACCGGAGCGGGCGUAGGAGCAGGGGCGUUGAGCGGGAAGAAGAAGGCGGCGAAGAAGGACGGGAAGGGCGACGAGACGAAGAGGAGGUCGCGGGUGGUGACGGUGACGGCGGCGGCGGCGGCGACGGCGGCGACGGAGGCGACCGAAGGUGAAGCCAAGAGGAGUUGAAGGAAGACCAAAAGAACACACGAGGUUACGAUGCUUUAAUUUUGCCCAAGUGGAAGAAAAGGAUUUAUCAGUCGAUAAAACAUCUGAUAAUGUGAAUACAAAAUGAUGAAAAGAGGGAAUGAUGAAAGACCAUAGAAAAAGACAAAAAAAAAAAAAAGAGAGAGAAAAGAAAGUGGUCUGCAAUCUUUCCCGAACGCGCGACCAAUACGAAGCGUUUUCUCGAACCGCCCUUCUCCCUCCCCACCCCCCACCCUCUCCCUGUGACCCCUCCACAUUUCUUUUUGUGGAAAGAUCUCUGGAGAAGCCGCCACGUAGACAAGGGCGCGAAGGCCUCGGAUCCCAAAUGACGAAGGACGUGUGCGCCUCGGAUAUCUCUGAAGGAUUUCCGGCGCGGAGGAUAUUGGCGGCGAUGGCGUCGGUCGAGAUUCCUUCGGGCCUGCGAUUGCGAGAAGGGCUGGGCUCGGGGGCUCCCGGGUGUUGUAGUCAUGGGUUAAGAAGAAACACGCACACGAACACAAACACGAACACGAACACGGACACGCUUACACACACGCUCACAAACACACACACGCACACGAACACACACACGCAUACGAACACGCACACGCACACGCACAAGCAUACACAGACGAACACGCAUACACACACGAACACGCACACGCACACGCACACGAACACGCACACAAAUAUAGAAACAUACAUAUGCACACAUACACUUAAAUGCAUAACAUAACGUCACAUAACAUAAUACUUAGGGAUUCCUAUAUAUAUGCAUACCUACAUACAUACAUACAUACAUACAUACAUACAUACAUACAUACAUACAUACAUACAUACAUACAUACAUACAUACAUACAUACAUACAUACAGAAAUACAGAAAUACAGAAAUACAGAAAUACAGAAAUAUAUACAUACGUGUGUGUGUGUGUGUGUGUAUAUAUAUAUAUAUAUAUAUAUAUAUAUAUAUAUAUAAAUAAUUCUUGAUUACAACACCGGAACAAUUCAGAAUAUGCGAGUUUAAAAUGUAGUUAUGAAUAUAGCAGUAACUGCAUUGUGUUAAUAGUGUGAAGGGAGAACCAAAUCAAAAUAUUAAAUUGGUCGCGCGAGGGGGGGGGGGGGGGGGAGGGGGCGGGGACAGAGUGGAACACACUUAACUUACGUUAAAACAUCAGCCAUGAUUGCCUGCGGUGGAUUUGCAACUGCGGAAAUGUUGCAGUAUGUUGCAUUUUUGUCCGCAGUGUGAAAAAUCUGUUGCUCAAAGGGAAAAAAUAUAUAUAUAUAAUAAAAUUUCUGGAACGAAGGGCGAGGAAUACGACGAUAAAAUAAACAUGAAUGAAAAAAAAAUGGAAUACAGUUAAAACCACGUGUGUUCAAUAGUCAUAAUAUUUGUAUCUUUGUACAGGAUUCCCGACUGUUCAGAUGGAGCACACUUUUUUUUUUUUUUUCAUUGAAUUUAUCGAACUGUUCACUAGUCACUUUAGCUUUUAUACGUUGUAAAUCUCUGGUCAAAUUUGUACUGUAUACAAACCUCCCUUGCUAGUGUACGGUGAUGUAUAGUGUCUAAGGAAGCUUAUUCAAGAUAAAAGAUAAAAAAACAUUUAUGAUGGAUAGUUAGUGGAUAGGAAAUUUUGUCCCUCCUUUUCGAUAAUUUCUUUUAUUUUUUAAAGUUUGAUAUUUAGUGAAUAUUUUUUUUUUUCGUUGAUUAAGAAAGGUAAUUAAAUUAAGUUAUCUAGGCUUUUAAUUCAGUAAUAAAUAUUUAUUAUUUUUGUGAGAUACACAUUUCCCUCCCACAUUUAGGCCUAUAUUAGGCUCCAAUGAUAGAUUUAAUUUGAAUAUUAAUGAACUCCCUUCAAUGCAUUUCAUUUUUCAUUAGAGAUUUGCAGAGUGAAUGUUUCCCGCUUUUUUAGACUUUAGGAGAGGAAGUGGUAUAAAUAAAUAAAUAAACAAAUAAAUCUCUAACGAGUCUAGAGAAAGAGCGUCCAUUUUUUCAAAAAAAAAAAAAAAAAAAAAAAAAAAUCCCCGGUUUUUUUCUACCAGCAAAGCCAUUGAGACUAAGAAGGUAUGUUGUUAAUGCGUGAAUGUUCGAACAUUUUUAUCCUUUUUCCCCCCAAACGCCUUCCUCUUUUUCUCGUUCGAUCCUCAUAAGUGAUAUAUACUUACAUACUUAUAUACUUAUAUAAGAAGCCACCCGAGUUGAUUCUGUCCAUUAGAAUUCGUGUCAUUGUGGUUGUCAAUGUAUAAAUCUUUUUAUCAUAUUUCCUUCUCUCUCCUACGUAGUUCUAAGUCAAGUUCUGAAGUUGUGAUGUAACUUUCCUCUUGUUUUUUUGUUUUUUUUUUAUUUUGAUUUGAACUGGAUUUAGUGAACAGAGGAACUGAAAAGAUAUUAGCGAGUUCUGUCCUCGGUAGAUUCAUAAAUUGUUUGUGAUUUAUACGAGGAAGAUUUUCGUCGUCUUGUGAAUUUUCUCUCCUGUCUUUUUCUUGUGCUUGUAAAUCACUUUAAAAACACUGUUACCUCUUUUACUAUAAUUGUGUCAACUGUUUGAAAGUCGAGUGAGAGAAACAAAAAAAAAAAAAACAUUAUCCUGUACAUAUACUUGUGAUAUUGUAAACUGAUUGUACAUAAUUAUAUUUGUAUAGUUUAUGUGAGCGGUGAAUAAAACAGUAAUAUACGCUAA